UCAUCAGAUAUUUACAGGUUAAUAUUAAAAAGGCGAUUAUUCAAUAUGGUUAACUAUAACCACUUAAGAAUCUUACACAUGAGUAUCCUACAGAAAAUGAAUUCUAUUGAACUCAAUUCACAUUUAUUCAUAAAGCACAUUAACACACUGCAGCUGCAGAAAUAAUAGAAAACCGAUUAAAUGUGUACAAAUGGAAUGUAGUACUUGGCCUUAUUACAAAUUUCAUUGUUCUUAAAGGUGUAGUUAACUUCAAAAUGACAAUUCUGUCAUCAUUUACUCACCCUCUUGUCAUUUCAAACCUACAUGAUAGUUUUCUUCUACAGAACACAAAACAAGAUAUUUUAAAGUAUGUUGGUGACCAAAAACUAUUGGUCCCAAUUUAGUUCUAAUGUAUGAGCAAAUAACCAAUGCAGGUCAAUGGGGACCAACAGUUUUCUGUUACCAACAUUCUUUAAAAUAUCUUGUUUUAAGUUCUGCAGAAGAAAAACAUUCAUGCAGGAAGCGGACUCAGUUGGAGUGACUUGACCAAGACCAAUACCAUGACUCGCGCUACAGGCUUCUGCGAGUCGCUUUCUGUGCUUUUGUUGGUGAUGUGUCUUAGCACUUCUGCUCAGAAAUAUGUAGGUCAAGUCGGUCCACCAGGCCCCAUUGGUGUCCCGGGAGUCGACGGAAUUGCCGGGGAAAGAGGUGAAGAUGGAGAAGUUGGCUCUGCAGGACUUGAUGGUGAGCCUGGGAAACCUGGUUCUGCUGGACUUCCUGGACUGCCUGGAGAUGAUGGUUCGACUGGACCCAUGGGAGAUGCUGGCCCAAGUGGCCCCACUGGACAAAAGGGAGAGCCAGGGAAACCUGGACAUCGGGGAGAAGCUGGUAUUGGGCCUGAUGGACCCCUGGGACCACCAGGGCCUGGUGGACUUCCAGGUGAACUUGGUAAAGUUGGCCCGACUGGAGCCAUGGGUGUCAGAGGACCAGAAGGACCGCGUGGGCCAACGGGACCUCGUGGUGCUGCAGGCAGUCAUGGUGGGACAAUGGAACUGUGCCCCAAUGCAUGUCCACCUGGCACACCUGGCCACCCUGGAUUACCUGGCAUGAAAGGCCACAAAGGUGUGAAGGGUGAGGCCGGAGAACCAGGUAAACAAGGACACAUGGGAGAAGUGGGAGACCAGGGUGCCCCUGGAGAGGUUGGAGCCAACGGCCCAAGAGGUCUGCAGGGGAUUCAAGGAGCUACAGGAAUUAUGGGUUCCAAAGGAGAAAUGGGACCACGGGGCAAUGAUGGUAAUCCAGGUCCUCAUGGGGUUGUUGGUGCUACUGGUGAUCAAGGCCAGAGGGGCUUAAUGGGAGAAUCUGGUCCUAGGGGAGAACAAGGCUCACAGGGACAAAGAGGCAUCACUGGUCUUCCAGGGCCAAAGGGAGAGAGUGGUUUACCCGGUGUAGCUGGGCGUGAUGGAAUUCCUGGAUUACCUGGAGUUAAGGGCAGCCUUGGGAAAUCUGGAAACCCUGGAGAGGUUGGACUUCAAGGAAUACCUGGCUUACCAGGUGUUUCAGGAUCAAAGGGCACCCCUGGUGAAAAGGGCAAUGCUGGACAGCCAGGCUUUAUUGGAACUAUGGGAUCUGCUGGGAAGCCUGGAGAACGUGGAAAACAUGGAGAAGUUGGACCUGUUGGCCCAAUUGGUGGAUCGGGAGAUAGAGGUGAGCCAGGGCCACCUGGACCUAUGGGGAACCCAGGAUCUAGAGGCUCUAAAGGUGAUGCUGGUCUUCCUGGACUUCCUGGAUCACCAGGCACACCUGGAGAGAAAGGUCAAAGGGGGGACCAAGGGGAAAUCGGAUCUAAAGGAGAACAGGGAGGGCAAGGUGCAGAGGGAUCCCCUGGAGACAAAGGAGAUGUUGGGGAGCCUGGAGAGCCUGGACCCAAAGGAACAACUGGUUAUCCAGGAGAUCGUGGGAACAGAGGCCCUGAAGGUGCCCGUGGGCAGCCUGGCAUCGAGGGACCCCUAGGUAGUCCUGGACCCCGUGGUGUACAGGGGAACCGAGGAGUUCCAGGUCCUCGUGGUUCUCAGGGCCCUGCAGGGAAAGGACCAGGUGAUCAGCACAUCAAACAAGUUUGUAUGCGAGUAAUGCAGGAGCAACUGGCCCAGCUAGCUGCCAGUCUGAGGCGGCCUGAGUCUGGUGCUAUUGGUCUGCCUGGCAGACCUGGGCCCCCUGGUCCUCCAGGUUUGCCAGGAGACAGUGGUUUCCCUGGACAAGCUGGUGCAAGAGGACUCCCUGGCCUCAAAGGGCCUCCUGGGACAAUAGGCCUUAAAGGGCCUAAAGGUGAAACCGGAGAUAGAGGAGCUAGAGGGCAAACUGUACGAGGUCCAAAAGGGACGCCAGGACAACCUGGACUGCCAGGUGAGCCUGGUAAGCCAGCUUAUGGUCAAGAUGGCCAUGAUGGUGGAAGUGGUUUACCAGGUCUUCCUGGACAGCCUGGUGUUCCUGGACCUCCUGGCCCCGCAGGACCUUCUGGUCACUGUGACCCAUCAGCAUGCAACUUAGGGACUGCUUCCCAGUCUCUCACAAACUAUGACCUUAAAGGGCCAGCUGGUUACUGAGUUUUUUCUGGACACAAAAAUAUAGACAGUAUGUUGUGUAUAGGAGUAUUUUUUGUACUUUUUUUUUUUACAUUAAAGUGCCCCAUAACAAAGAAUUUAAAUAACUGAUAUCAUAUUUAAUAAUAAAUUGGUAACUUAUUAUCAAGAUUUAUUUUAAUCUAUGAUCUAUUACAAGAGGGCAAGUGGGCUUCAGGAGACUUGUUGGAACUGUUACUGUAUGUUAACUAGAAGCACAAGAUGGGACACAGGGCCUGGAUAGCCUACUACUUUAGUUCUGGUUCUUGUUCCACCUUGCAUAUAGGUCCCCACAACAACACCACUUUAACAAAUAUCUCCCCUGUUAAAUAAAGAACACCCAUCUUUAAUUCUUUCUAUGUAAAAAACAAUAUAUUCUAAUAACUUAAACCAUUAUCUUUAACCUUAUUUCUGAAACUUUUUUUAAACUGUUUAUCCUUUCCAUCUUACAAGUCCACCCUUUUAGGAUACUGUGACACCCUUCCUAGGAAAUUAUUUUAAGUUGGUUGGCAACAUGGUCAGAUAUGGGCUGUUUAUUUCUCUCAGUCUCUGUAUUCGGUGUUGGCACUUAUUGUGAAUGAUGAAUUGGACAGAGAUGAGCCCGGUUUCCCCUAAUCACUCCAUCCUCUGUUCCAAUCAGGUAAGAUCUCAAGACUGAUGACCGCAACACCACAGAUCCCUGGAUUUUCACCAAUGGUAACCAAAUAUUAUACCCUGGCUGCAAAGCUGUCUUUUGUUUCCUUUUGGUUCUUGACAUAAAAACCCUCUCAGUCCAGGCGAGAGUGGAGACAACUUUUUCUGGAGCGGAGGUAAGGUAGUGUGAUGUUGCCUUCCCAUAAGCAGCUGUGUAUCUGCUUCCUAGCAGUGUGGAAAAAUAUAUCAGUACUCUUUCCAUAUCUCCUAGUCCUUUCCAUAGACCUUUCACAGUACCCACCGCAUACUCUGCUUCUGAAUAUUGUUGGUGGAUGCAAGGGGCUACUCGUCUGGAUAACAAAUCGAUGCUCAGUUGCAAAGUCUGAAGAUAUCUGAACUGUAUUCUGGGGCCUGUUGUCAGACACUACUACUUCAGGGUUGCCAUGCUGAUUGAAUACCUCCUUCAGAGCUGAUAUGACUGUGGCUGAGGUAGACACUUUAAGUCUUGCUAACUCGAUGUACUGAGAAAAGUAGUCAACAACAGGGAGAUAAUUCUGUCUCUCAGAAGAAAGUUCAGUGCUGAUGUGUUGCCAUGGUCAUACCGGAAUGAAGGUUGGCAACAAGUGCUCACUCCAUGAAUUCCUUUGUUGAGUACAGACACUACAUCUUUCCACCAUCUGGCUAAUAUGUACCACAUCCCUGGACACUAUAGACUGUUGAGCUCUGGCCCUGCAUUUUUUAAAACCCUUGGUGGCUCUCAUGAAGAAUCUUCAGUAUAUCUUGUCCCAUGGAACUGAGUAUGACAAUAAUUUGGUCCCCAGCUAUGGUGGUUUACAUAAACAAGGCUGGAACAUAUAGCAGGAAAAACAAAGCUGACUCCACCAGUACUGCGUGUGGCACCUUUUGCUCGGCCUCCUGCUCCAACUCCUCUUCCUCUUCUAAUCGGUGCUCUUGACAGCACAUCCACUGUGGUCAGCUGCUUACCAGGCACAUAGAUUAUGUCAUAAUCAAACUGCAUCAGUCUGAGACAAAAUCUUAAGGCACGAGGAAGGAUUUGGUCUAGUCUUUUGGUAUGCAACAAAAAGAAACAACAAAUCUGUUUCAAGUGUGAACUUUAACCCCAACAGAUAGGAAGAAAGGCUUUUGCAAGCCCACAUCGCUGCUAAUGCUUCCUUCUCGAUCUGAGUGUAGUGUUUUUCUACUCAUGAUAACCCUCAGGAAAUGUAGACCGCAGUCCAUUCUUGGGUUGUUUUUGGUUAGCACUCCUCCAAACCCUAAUGACUAAGCAUCUGGUGACAGUCUAGUCUCAUAUGUUGAGGAGUAUUUGGCCAACACCGAGGUUGAACUAAGCUCUCUCUUCAGUUUCUGGAAGGCAAUUGAUGGGGUGUGUUCCAACACUAUGCAUUCUUUUCCAACAACAAAUCCUUCAGUGGACAUGUGAAUCAAGCCAUGUGUGGCACAAAUUUGCCCAAAUAGUCUGCCAUGCCCAUUAAUCUCCUUACAUCUGAAACACAACUGGAAUCAGGCAUGUUCUGUAUACAGUACCUCUCACCUUACUUGGAUCAAGUGAAAUUCUAUCUGAAGAAACAUUUCUCCUUCAGUGUCACUACACACUCGUUAAGUCUACUCAGGACAUGGUGAAGUCUUUUGUUGUGUUUUUGAAGGCUUUUGGCAUACAGUACAUCAUGACGUCAUCUGCCUGACAAAUUACUUCUGUACCGCCCUCAUCUCUGUCAUACAACGCUGGACAUGUUCUGGAGCAGAAGAAAUUUUAACGAUAACCGGUUAAAGGUGUACCGACCGAAUAGAGUGAAAAACGUGGUCAGAAGCAAGCUUUUCUUUGUCAAGGGAAUUUAUCAGAACCCUGGCAUGACAUUGAGCUUUGUAAACACUUUAGCCCCUGCUAACAUGGCUAGCAUGUGAUCUAAUGCUGGUAAAAUGUGCCAGUUUUUCAGGUGAGUAAGAUCUAUGCACCAUCAUAUCUUUCCCUGAGAUUAAGGCACCACUACCAUCCCAGCAAACCAUGGUGUUGGCUCAGUUACUUUGGAUAUCAAUCCCAUCGUCUCCAUUAGUUGCAGCUCAACUCUGACUUUGUCAAGCAGAGUGAGUGGACCUGUGCAUGGAGAUGACAGUGCAUAAGUUAUGGCCCCUUGCCCUAGCUCAAUUUUUUAUGACAUUUUUUUAUUUUUGACAUUCCCAAGCCUUUGAAAACAGUUGGAUAGCUAGAGACAAAAUCUUCCACUUUAUUUUGUACUGUGUGUAGCUGUGUAAUUGAAUGUAAAGCUUCAAUAGUUGGAAGUCCCAGCAGCGCUUUGGACAGUCUUUUUUAAUACAUCAAGUCUAGUUUAGUCUGUUUAUUUUUAUGUUCAGCUCUUCUUGCAACAGUCUUUUAACCUCAAUAGCCUGGUUCCCAGGUCCAUCCAGGACUUUGCGAGGUAGCUGGAGUUUACCAUAAAUGCCCACAGAAAAACUGAAUUCUGGAAUUGAAGUGACCGCUGCGCCAGUGACUCGUUUGACCUGUAUAUUUCCUAUAUUCAGUCUGACAAGCUCAGUCCUCUGCUCUUCUUGUUCCUGGGUAAUGUCAUUUACUGUUCUAACUGACCAACACUGCUUAGUAAAAUGUCCCUUCAUUUGCAGGGCACUCUUUCCUACUAUGCCUCUCUAUGUUUCCACAUUUUUCAGACCCCAUUAAUUUCCUUUUUUAUUCACUGUGCUGGGUCCCUUCAAUUUUGACCAUUUCACAUUCUUUUGUGACAGCUUUGGUUUUGAACUUAAUGCAUGAACGUCUGCAGCUAUUUGCAACUCAUGUGACCUUCCACACAGGAUGGGCUGUGGUCUAUUCACGGCCUUGUCUCACUUUAGUCAUGGCUUUUUCCAGCUUGAGCUCAGGAUCAAGUUGCAAACUUUCAGACAGUCUUGCAUUUUGUAUAUCAUUGACAAUUCUGUCUUCUCUUGGGGCUCCAACUGACAAUGCACCAUGAGCGUAUUCACAGCAGCAAUAAAAUCUUUCAUACUCCCUCUAGCCUCUUGAUUACAUCUACUGAAUCUCACUUGUUCAAAAAUCAAGUUACGUUUACUUACACAAUGGAUUGUGAAUGACAUUUUUAAUGUCUCAUAUGACUUAUUCUUCUCCUCUGUCUGGGAAAGGAACAUUCAGGUUAUCCUCAGCUUCAUUGCAGACGGUACACAUAAAUGUAUUAUCUUGAUAUUUCUGCGACUGCUUGUACAAACCGGGCACAAUUCUAUAAUGCUCAAAGUGUCACAUCCUUUUGGGCAAUUCAUUCAUAUCACUGAAAUCAAUUGAAAGCAUUCGAUGUGGCACACUUACUGCCUCAUCUCUUUAUUAUUUUUAUAUAUUUUAUUAUUCUAUGCUGUUUCCCCCCAGCUCAUCAAUCCUCUUUUUUCACUCACUCACGGCAUCUCUGCACACAGCUUCCAUUUCGACAACAGAAACAACUAGUUAAUUACGAUACCACUAUCCAC